CGAAGCACCGCGGUCGGAAGACAACAGGAGGGGAGGAAAAAAUCGGUGUCAAUUGAGGGGAGCAGUCAGGCGGUCGUCGGGAGCGUAUUAUAACCAUAACUUGUGCAGAAUACAUUAUAACCAUGCUGCUUCGCAAGGUGACCCAGUCUCCCGCACUGUGCGGCACCAUUCUCCGGAUUCCUCCCGUGCUGUCUGGAGGUCAGCGUGUGGCCAGUGUGGCUGCUGUGCACAACUCCCGUCUCUACGCGAGCCAAGCCGCACAGGCGGUGCUAGAGAAGACAGCAGCAGUCGGAAGUGAUGCCGCCACUAAAGUGGAAAAGAAGGCAGUUUCUCUUGAAUCCAAAUCCUUUGCCGUCAACAUUUUCAAGGGGCAGAUCGCGACCGCCCAAGUGUUUCCCUUCCCCAAAGCCCUCAGCGAGGAGCAGGACCAGUUCCUCCGAGAGCUUGUGGGGCCUGUCAGCAAAUUCUUUGAGGAGGUGAACGAUGCUGCGAAGAACGAUGUCUUGGAGAAGGUGGAGGAUCACACCAUGGAGGGCCUGAAGGAGAUGGGUGCCUUCGGCCUGCAGGUGCCAGCUGACCUGGGCGGCCUGGGCCUCUCAAACACACAGUACGCCCGGUUGGUUGAGAUCGUUGGCAGUCAUGACCUGGGCGUGGGCAUCACUCUGGGUGCCCACCAGUCCAUUGGCUUCAAGGGAAUUCUGCUUUUUGGGAAUCCAGCCCAGAAGGAGAAGUACCUGCCGAAGCUCGCCACAGGUGAGCACAUAGCCGCCUUCUGCCUGACUGAACCAGCCAGUGGCUCUGACGCCGCCUCUAUCAAGACCACGGCUGUUGAGUCACCCUGCGGACAAUAUUUCACUCUCAGUGGAAGCAAGAUUUGGAUCAGCAAUGGAGGCCUGGCUGAGAUCUUCACAGUGUUCGCCAAGACGCCCGUGAAAGAUCCCAAAACCGGGGAGAUGAAAGACAAGAUCUCGGCCUUCAUUGUGGAGAGGAGCUUCGGAGGAGUGACACAUGGCGCCCCAGAGAAGAAGAUGGGCAUCAAGGCGUCCAACACAGCCGAGGUAUAUUUUGAUAACGUUCGCGUGCCGGCCGACUGUUUGCUGGGUGAGGUCGGCGGGGGUUUCAAGGUGGCCAUGAACAUCCUGAACAACGGGCGCUUUGGCAUGGCGGCCGCCCUUGCCGGCACAAUGAAGGGAGUCAUCACCAAAGCUGUGGACCAUGCAGCCAACAGAACCCAGUUCGGGAACAAGAUCCACAACUACGGAGCGAUCCAGGAGAAGAUGGCGCGCAUGGCGAUGAUGCAAUAUGUAACUGAGUCAAUGGCCUACAUGAUCAGCGGCAACAUGGACAGUGGAUCGACUGACUUCCAUAUCGAAGCUGCCAUCAGCAAGAUCUUUGCCUCUGAAGCAGCCUGGACCGUGACCGACGAGUGUAUUCAGGUUAUGGGCGGCAUGGGCUUCAUGAAGGACUCCGGGGUGGAGAGAGUGAUGAGGGAUCUGAGAAUUUUCCGCAUCUUUGAGGGAACCAACGACAUCCUGAGGCUCUUUGUGGCCCUCAAUGGUUUCCAGAACGCCGGUAUCCAGCUGAAGGGUCUGCAGAAGGCGCUGAAGAACCCACUCGGCAACGCCGGGCUGCUCGCAGGAGAACUCACCAAGAGAGCCAAAAGGAAGGCCGGUUUGGGCACAGGCCUGACGCUGCAGGGAACCGUACACCCUGAGCUGGCACAGAGCGGCGAACUGACGGUUAAAGCCAUCGAACAAUUCGGAGUGGUCGUUGAAGAGCUGCUUGUCAAACAUGGCAAAAAGAUCAUCGAUGAACAGUUUGUCCUGAAGAGAGUCGCGGACUGUGCCAUCGACCUGUACGCCAUGGUGGUGGUCCUGUCCAGAGCUUCACGCUCUCUGAGUCAGGGACAAGCCUCCGCUCAGCACGAGAAGAUACUGUGUGAGACCUGGUGUAUGGAGGCCUAUGAGAGGGUCACGCGCGACAUCAAGACCCUGAACUCCAGCGACUCCAGACGACUCUUCAAGAACCUGCGGGCCAUCUCCGGAGCCAUGGUGGAGAAUGGAGGAGUGGUUGCUCCUCACCCUCUGGGUUACUAAACACACCACACUCCCCCUUUUUUUUUUUUCCUGCCACAAUUUCAGCAGGCUCUUUGUCAUCUUUGCAUCACACAUCAGUGGUAAAAUGGCUGCAUUUAUUUAACGCUUUCAUCCAAAGCGCCUUUGGACAAUUUGCCCCGUCAUUCACCCUUUAACACACACACACACACACACACAUAUACAUGAAUAUCAGGAGCAUCUCGUCUUGCCCAAGGACACUUACAUGUAGACAGGAGGAAUUGGGGAUCAAACCACACAUUGACGACCCACUCUGCCUUGAACCCAGUGACCUUCAAUCUGCUCUGUGCGAUGAAGCAUUCACGCACCAAAACCUCACAACCGGGAAGUUGGUCGUUGUCAUCUUAACAGCGGUUAAGAGUGUGUCUUUGUUCGAGUCAGACGGAGACAUUUGUCAAUUUCCUAUUGGCACUUUGCUAAUUUGAGGCAUAGGGAAGUGAAAGUGUGAUUGACCAACAAAAUCCUGGUCUGAAGUCAGUGGUACUGUUUUUGUUGUUAUUUUCGGGACACAAUAUCAAGAUAGCCCCCAGUGUGUGCAUGGACUAAAUGCACCUUUUACUUUGUGUCUCAGCACUUGAAAGAUUUCAUUUAAUCUGCUGAAACGUGAAAUUACGGUGUUAUAUUUUUCUGAUGACUAAACAUAUAUAUAUAUAUAUAUUCACAUAUAUAACAUGAAUGUGAUUUUGGUAAGAGGCCAGUUGACAGAAGAAGCUUUGAACAAAUCUGUUUUAAUUUAUACGCAAGCAUUUUGAAGAGCAAACUUUCGCCUUUGAAUUAACAAUGUGUUAAGAUGUUCAUAUAGCGGUGUGGCGUUACUGUACCGCGACGGCCCUCUGCACGUUCGUUAACCUCACUCGCUGCCCGUGCUGUCGGGGGGCAAAAGCCGUUGCCUUAGAAACCGGUCCACAGAUGCUGUUUGAAGUUCAACUUGAGUGGACUUUAGCUUCUUUCUUCACUAUUUACCAAUGGCCGUCAGGUGAGUUUGUUUUCUCUGCUGAAAGUGGCAGGUGUCAUUAGUUUCAUCUUGCAGCUCAAACUGUUUGUACAGGAUCAACAAAGCUCUGCACAUAUUCCUGCCAUCUCGUAGUUUGUAUUGUGACAACCGGUGCUGCUGUCAGAUGCGAUCAUAUGCACCGGAGUUUUUGCAGUUCUGCCGUGAGAAAUUUUUUAUCUGGACACAAAACACUUUUAUUGGGAUUAAUAAAUAAAGUAGGUAUCAAUC